UGAAAGACAAGAGUGCUCUGGUUUCGUCUCUUUACAAAGUAAUUCAGGAGCCACAAAGUGAAGCUUAACGUUUGAGAGAGAAAAUGAACUACUUAUGUAUGCUGCAGCCAAUUCAUAGUAGCUUUGCUGGUAAACUUUGAGAUUAUUGGGCCAUAAAUGAUGGAGAAAAAUGUAAUUUGAUACACGGAGAGUCUCCAGUAGCUCCUGGAGCCGGUUUGCCAUCAGCUCUUUGAGUUUUAUCGCAGUGGUGAGGAACAACUACUGCGGUUUACACUGCAGUUUCUACCAGAAUUGAUGUGGUGCUAUCUUGCUGUCUCAGCCAGCAGAGAUUUGCAGAGCAGUGGUUGCAUAGAGGCUCUUCUCCUAGGAGUUUACAACUUGGAGAUAGUUGACAAACAGGGCCAUAGCAAAGUGCUGAGUUUCACAAUUCCGUCUCUGUCCAAACCUUCAGUCUAUCAUGAACCUUCCAGCAUUGGCUCCAUGGCUCUCACUGAAGGAGCUUUAUCCCAGCAUGGUUUGUCCAGGGUUGUAUACAGUGGACCUCAUCCUCAAAGGGAGAUGUUAACAGCACAGAACAGGUUCAAAGUGCUGACGUUCCUUCUACUCUGUUACAAUGCUGCCUUAAGCUACAUGCCUGCAGUUUCUCUUCAGUCAUUGUGUCAGAUUUGUUCAAGAAUCUGUGUCUGUGGAUAUCCUCGCCAACAAGUGAGAAAGUACAAGGGAGUAAAUAGCAGGAUUCCAGUUUCUUCUGAAUUUAUGGUGCAAAUGCUAACGGGGAUUUAUUAUGCCUUUUAUAAUGGAGAAUGGGAUCUGGCUCGUAAAGCUAUGGAUGACAUUUUGUAUAGAGCACAGCUGGAACUGUAUCCAGAACCUCUGCUGGUUGCUAAUGCAAUAAAAGCUUCGCUGCCCCAGGGUGCCAUGAAAUCUAGUAAAGAAGGUACAAGAUGCAUUCAGGUUGAGAUUACACCUACUUCCUCUAGAAUAUCAAGAAAUGCUGUGACUAGCAUGUCUAUCCGAGGGCAUAGAUGGAAAAGACAUGGUAAUACUGAUUUAGCAAUUCAAGAAGAACUGAUAGAAGUAUCUGAAACUGAUGAAGGAUUUUACUCUAGGGCUACUUCUAGCGCAAGUCAGUCUGCCUUAUUGAACAGCAACACCAGCAGCAGCAAGAGCCUUUUAGGGAAGAGCCAACGUAGAUCUGGCGGAAGCAAAGCUGGAGGGAAAGAAAAAGAAGGGGAAACCUGCAGAGAACACUUGUCACGAAAACAAACUCAGAGAGCCAUGAGUGAGAACCUAGAGCUCGUCUCUUUGAAGAGACUGACACUGACAACUAGCCAAUCACUGCCUAAACCUGGCAGCCAUAGUUUGGCCAGAACUACCACUACUGUUUUUAGUAAAUCCUUUGAACAGGUCAGUGGUGUCACAGUUCCAAAUAGUCGUGGUGGUGUAUCUGGUACAGAGGCAAAUAGGUUCUCAGCCUGUAGUCUUCAGGAGGAAAAACUGAUAUACGGAGCAGAAAGAACAGAUCUUCCUAUUUCAAGUAAACAAUCCAAUCAGCAGCGACCUCCUAGUAUCAGCAUAACUUUAUCAACAGAUUGACGUUGUUAAAUUGGCCAAUAUGAAAUCAGUUUUAUGCUGAUGUGGGUAGCAUAUGUUAAGCUCCUUAAUAUGCUAUGUAUUACCUUCUUAAACCUGAAGCGCAUAAAUUCUUAUGUUUGGCUCCUAUUUGACAGUAAGAAUGCGUAGACACAGUUGUAAUUAUUUUGCAUCAACUUCUCAUAGCUUGGAAAGUACCUCUUUAACUUCUUACUAUAUUUGUAUGCCUGCUUGUUUACAGCUUCAUGUAACAACAAUUUAACAAGCAUCAAUCGGUUGUUUAGCCCCUGACCAAGAUGUGUGGCUUUCUACAAAUGCACAGUAUGGGAACAAACAGAUCCCCUUUGUGAGAUUUUACUCUUCACUACCAGCUGGCAUAAGCAAAACUGCAAAGGUUAUUUAGUAGGAGCCUUGUGGCGUGGGCAUGAAGUUUGAAGCAGCAUUGUAAGAAUAUAACACUUUCUUGUAUUUGUCCUAAGAAAGCUGCGUUUACAUGUAAGGUUAAAACUAGAAGCAUCAGUUCAGUGUUUGUUAUGGCAGCUUUUGUAACAGUAGUUAGUACACAUGGCAAUACUUCCACUUUUGCAUACCUAUGAGUCUGCAUUAUAGAUACACUGUAGUUUGUAUGCACGCCUUUGACACUGGGCAAAAGUCAUACAGUAGCAGUACUUGAGGAUGAGAGUUCUUAUGAAUUGCUAUAGUAGUCACUUUUCAGACUACCAAUAGUCUGACAGUCUCUGUAUUUCUUUCAGAUUCUUAAAUAUUGGGCACAAAGUUACUUACUGAAAAGUCACUAUUAUCAAUAAUUCUAUUUAUGGGAAAGAGAUGUGCUCACGUGAUGGUGUCAUGUAGAAAUAAGGUAUGAACCCUUUGCACUGAAUCAAGCAAAUCAGGAGUGUGAAUGUGUUUAACAUGAACUUGUAACUUGAGACUAAGAGAAUAUUACCAAAGGAUAUGUACUUCUAGUAACUUGCAAGCACAAAGGGAAGUUAUAAUGUAAAUACAACUAGCAUUACACUUGCUAAUGUAUUGUACCUGUUAUUUUUCUAAUUUGAAAUUCUAAAAUAGAAGCCUAUUUGAGGUUACUUAACUUCAAGCCUUCAUGUAGUCUGACCUUAUUUGUUACUAGCUUCCGUAACCUUGAGAUUAUAACUGAAAAAAUGCUUAUGCAGAACUUUGGAGAAGCAACAGCUGAUGAAAAGUUCAGUAGCAGUGACUAUCUGAAACAGACCAUAUAUUGUGAGUGGAGAAACAGGAUGAAGAUCUAAUGCAUGUUCAUUCCCAAGUGACCAGAUUUUCACAGGUAGCAAUCCCUUAUUGUCAAGAAUAUAGGAAGGCCUUGCAACAGAACAAGUGAUAAGAUUUUAGUAGGCUUUCUUAUUUGCCUGGGGGUAAGUUGCGAUACUUGGGUUUUUUUUUUUUGUUUAAACUGAAGCAAGUAACUUAAGCAGCCCAUGUUAUGCUAGAGUCUUACAGCUUCCUGAAUUAAUUAAUAAAAAGGGAUGCGAAGGUGUACUUGAUGGCGUUAAACAAGUUGUUACUGAAAAUGGACUAGUACAUACGGUCUCUGGAGCAUGCAUAACCACAGGCAAUGGAAGAGCUUCAGGCAGCUAGCAGCAGACUUUGCCUAGUACUACAGAUUACCCUGAAUGUAGAGCUUUUCCUUUCCUUGAGAUUUGUUUUAGAUGUUCUGAGUUCUGCAGGUUAUUUCUUCAUAGCUGCCUCCUGAUCUGCUCUUACAGUGAAGUAUUUAAGAAUACUUUGAAAUACCUUACAGUAACUUACAUUGAAAAAAAUAAUUAGAAAAAUAAAAUUUCAACUGACAAAUUAUUUGUGACAGUAUUAAUCAUGCACUAGUGUUAAGAAACUAUUAUUUCUAAGUAGGGUGGGUUUUUUGUUUAAGAUCACAA